AUGGACCAUUUUCGGCAACGAUUAUGUUUUUCUUCGCCUACGGUAUCAGAUAUUUCAUUGGAUCAUGAACGAAAUAAUGAGGUUCAAGAUUUAAUGGUAUUUUUUGGUACUGACAAAAUUGGAAAUAUGAUUAUAUUAUGCGUUAAUCAAAAUUAUAAUUUAAAACAAUCUAACUCUUUAAUACACAUCCGAGAUCCUACCGGACUAGAAUUCACAAAUCAAGAAACGGAUAAAGGAUCUUAUGAAUUUUCUAGUUGGAAAACACCCAGUCUCCAAUUUCAAUGUACAGUGCCUAUGCGAACAUGGAGAAUUGUAUUCAGUGGUCGUCUAAGAAAUGGUGAGAACUAUUGUCACGUGAAGAUAAAUUUCUUAUGGAAGCCAUUCGGAUUUCCAGUGUACUGCGAUAAAAAUAAUACGUUCUUCAAACAUGAAAUCGACCAUACAGAUCCGGACUACAUCAACAAUUUAUUGGGAUUUGAUCAGUUUGGUCAAAUUUCCGGUUCGAUGGUCGUAGACGGUAAAACAGAAAUUAUUAACAUGCGAUCAAUGAAAUUAAGACGGUGGAAUAUGUCAGUCGAAGACUCGGCGUUUGUUGGAUUUAUGAACAGUGAUAUAAUGUGUUCUAUACAGAAAUUAGAAAGGAUAAACUUCCGUGGCCAUUUAAAAACGUCUUCAGAACACGAAAUACUCACACCCGAUGGAAUAUAUUUCGUAAGUGAAGAAAACGACAAUCCGACAAUCGAAAUACAUCAUAAAAAUUUCAGUUUAAAUGCAAGUUUAAAAAGCCAAGCAACUGUCAUUUUAAAUACUGUAUCAAUUGAAAUCGUUCUUGGAGACGAAUUUAAAGGAAUACUUCUAUGUUUCAAAGAUGUACAAAAAACUGACAAGAUAGUAAAAUCUACAGAAGACAUUUCUGCAAAGGAUCAUAAGAUUGGCUUAACAGUAAGCUUAGCCUCGGAGAUGUGCUUGUUCAGCACUAAAGUAGGGAACAAAGCAAAAUCUUUGUUCCAAUUAAAAAAAGCAAUCGUUGAUGGUCUGAUUAAAGACAUUAUUGUCCCGGACGGUAUAUGCAUCACGACAGUGGCGAUGAGAACUCAUAUAAACAAAAAUAAAAAAUUGUCGAUCGAUUUAGACAACGCGAUCGAAAAAGCAAAGCAGAGCGAUUUCGAACAGUUGGCGGAUUACUGUAAGCGGUUGAACGAUCAGUGGCGGUCGACGAAACUGUGCGCUAAGUUGCUGGAGGCGAUUUCGAUCGGCGUAAACGAAGACCGUGUGUACGCCGUCCGUUCGUCUGGAACGUUCGAGGACGGUGAAUCGACGUCCUCUGCCGGCCAAUACGUCACAAUUCUAGGCUGUAAUGGUCGUACUUGUAACAUCGUGGAGGCCGUUAUAGAAUGUUGGUCGUCAAAUUUCUCGGCCCGAGCUUUGACGUACCGAAAGAACAACGGACAGCCGUUGAUGUGCGACAUGGCCGUAAUCGUACAAGAACAAGUGAGCGGUCCAGGAGUGGCCGGAGUCGCGUUCUCCAGAGACCCAAACACCGGAGAUCCCGGGAAGAUCACCUUAGCCGCGAGUUAUGGUCUGGAAAAAGUGGGCGUUGUGUCGGGAUCAGUCGAACCCCACGAGGUCGUUGUUUCUAGACUGCAGUUCGAGGCAGUCGAUGACAAUUUCACUACUUCUGCGGAACUUCUGCAGGCAACAUCAAAUUUUAGAGUUGAAAAUAACGAUGUUGCUAAACCGCUGAAGUGUAUUUCCGAUAAUUUGGCGAAAAAGUUGGCUAACAUCUGCGUCCGAGUGGAAGCCGUGUUUGGUUCGCCGCAGGACAUCGAAUGGGUGGCUGUAGAGGAUCAAGUUUACCUUCUCCAGUCGAGACCGAUCACUUCCAUAUUCGCUUGGAGUAACGAUGAAAUAACUCGAGAAUUUGACUCGCCAUUUACGAGCGACGACGUGGUUAUGUUUUAUAACGUUAAAGAAGUCUACCCCAACCCUAUGCACACUUUAUCGUUGACUUUGGAUUUCUUUUCAAUGUACCCACUGUUUAAAUUGACCGAAGGAGAGCCCACUGAGAUCUACCGCAACAAACAGUUGUCCUACACACACAACAACAUGUGUCUUAACGUAUGUCAAAUGUUUCAAGAUUUAGAACCUGGCAGCGUAUACGUUAAGAUAAUUGAGUACUCGAUAGCUGGACAAUGUUUCUUAACAAGUAAUAUCUGGGAGAAAAUAUUAUUGAAAAAUCGCAGUUCUGCGUUAAAAAAAAUUUUGAAAUCUUUUUCUACAUUUAAGGAAACACUAUACCUUGAAUCGAAAAUAAACGAAACACACAAAUUGAUUUGCAAUGCAAACAUAGAACAGUCAGGCACGACGUUGGAUCUUUUGAACAAUAUCAAUAGCGUUGUGGAUGUUUUAGAAAAGGUCACAUCUUGCCACGUGGCAUCGAGCACGAAUAAUAUCAUAUCACAUACACUGUUAGCAAUAUUAGGACUAGGUUUCAAUAAAGACUCACCGAUCGACACGUUAUCCAAUUUAGCGACCUCAAUUGAUACACCAGACAUAAUAAACGUUUCAAUCUUAAAAGAUAUUCAAGCUAUUGCUAGCGUUGUUUCCGAAAUGUCUUCAAAAAAAGAAUUUUGCGAUUUGCCCGUUGAAAACUGUAACGACUGGUUAAAGUUAAAUUGUGAGAAAGGUUAUGAUCAAGUGGAAGACUUCAUUCAAAAAUAUGGGCACCGUGGUGUCCAAGAGUUAGAUUUUGGUUCAGAAACAUGGUCGACCGAUCGCAACCGAUUGUUUACUUGCCUCCAAUCGUUGAUAUUGUACGAACACCGUCAAUCCGAUAAAAAGCCGACAGACAACGAUUCUAGUACUGUGUCAAGAGGAUAUAUUCAAAAAAUGAUAUUCGAUUACUUAUUAAAGAAAUAUCGUCAAAGCAUUUCGUAUAGGGAACAAUCAAAAGAUAUGCUGGUGCAGAUCACUCACAAGCUAAGAUUAGGUUAUCGAAAGCUCGGCGAAAAACUCGUGGCUGAAGGAAGAAUACCGGAUUCAAAACUUAUAUUUUUCAUGUCCCAGUACGAAGUAAGAAAGAUGUGCGGUAACAAUAAUUGUCCCGAAAUAGUGUACAAAGCAACGAAAAGACGUAAAUUGUGGCCCGAUUGGAUCUUGUUGCAGUUUGACGACGUGUGUUACGGACCACCUGUUCCUAAAACAUUUUUAGACGAGGAAUUUGUUUACAGUUCCACACGGUUUAAAGGUUGUUGCGUGUUUCCUGGACGGGUUAAAAACCGUGCGUGUGUACUAGAGCACAUCGAAGACGCACGUUGCUUGCGGACGGGAGACAUUUUGAUCGUGAAAUCUGUCGACAUAGCUUGGUCACCAUAUUUCCCGAUUAUUUCCGGUUUAGUCACGGAGAUCGGUGGUGUAAUAUCUCACGGAGCUGUUGUCGCCAGGGAAUACGGGUUACCUUGUCUUGUCGGAGUGCAAAAUGUCAAAAAAUAUUUCAAAACGGGUGACAUGGUAAUUCUAGAUUCCGAAAAAGGAUUCGUCAUUAAAGACGACAGCAUCUUUACGAAUUGA